CCAAAGAGAAGUGGCGCCAGUUUCCCGACGGUGAGGCAUUGGCGCAUGCGCCCUAGCCUCCUUAUUGCCUGGCUCAUUUCAACGCAAUGGCGUCCGCGCUGCUGCAGCCUUUGUUCCUCCAGGCUUCCCGCCGUUUUCUAGCUGCCGCUUCUGGACACGUCGCGCUUCGCUUUCAGCCGCGCCGAGAUAACAAGCGCUGGGUCCAAGCUUACUUGCUGCAGCAGCGGGCGCUGGAGGUCCCAACGCGCCGCUCUGAAAAACCUAAUUGGGAUUACCAUGCAGAAAUACAAGCAUUUAGUCACCGACUGCAUGAGAAGUUUUCCUUGAAUCUCCUCAAAACUGCCUUUAUUAAUCAAUGUUACAUUAAAAAUGAAGAAACCAGACGCAAAAUGCUGGGACUAGAAAAGGAAGACAUUGCUCUUAAUCUCAAGGAUAAUCAGCAACUUUCUGAGCAGGGCGCCUCUUUUUCGCGCUCUUAUCUCACAGAAUGCCUUGAAAAGGCCUUUCCAAAAAUGCCACCUGCUGGCAUUGAGGCUAUUAUUAACUUUCUCACUGGUGAAGAAUUAGUAUUUUAUAUAGCCAAAAACUUGUCAUUACAUGACUUGACACUUUGUGCAGAAUUUCCUGUGCCAUCUAAUGUGCUUCAACGAACUUUCUUUGCUGUAAUAGGAGCAUUGCUUCAAAGUAGUGGCCCUCAGAGAACGGAGUUAUUUAUCAGGGACUUCCUCAUUCCUCAGCUGAUAGGAAAAGACCUUUUUGAACUUUGGAAUGUAGUAAAUCCUAUGGGCUUGCUGAUGGAAGAACUGACCAAAAGGAAUAUGUCUGCUCCAGAGCCAAGACUAACAAGACAGUCGGGAGCUAGCACUGCCUUGCCGUUGUACUUUGUUGGAUUGUACUGUGAUAAAAAGCUUCUGGCAGAAGGCACCGGUGAGACAAUAUUGGCUGCUGAAGAAGAAGCUUCCCGUGUGGCCCUCCGGAAACUUUAUGAGUUUACUGAGAAUAGGCGACCCUGGGACUAUUCUUCUCCAAAGUGGGAGCGGAGAGCAGAAAAGUUCCUUAGCAGCAAUUAGGCAGAAAAGUUUGCUCCUUCUUUGUGUACAGAUCAUGUUCCAAAAUAAUGAUGAUUUUAGAGAAGCUGUAUUUGCUUUAGUUUAAAAAACACAUUUCCUUUAAUAGGAAAUAAAACUAGGACAGAGAAAGUCUUUUGUUAAGAAAUAAAGAACUUUGGAGAGCGAUCAUUUUGACAAACACCAUCGUGCUUUUUAUUAGGAUAUAAAGCCCUUAAUCAGGAAGCUUGACCCUUAGAAAUACAUGAUGAAACAGCUGUUAUCCAUGAACACUGUAAAAAAGCAAGCAACUGAAAGUAUGAAGAAUAAUCACUCUCAAGUUUUGCACAGUGUGUUGAAUGUUAGCUCAAUUGAGACUUGAGUUGCAAAAUCAUAUGGUAACAAGAUGAAAAGCUAUGAUGUGAAACUUUGGUCUAAUUUAAGGCAAUACAAUGUUUCAUAUCCCACUGUGGAAUAAAGAAUGUAUAGCUUUA